GUGCAGCUCCUUGCGCUCCAAGAAAUUGGGGGUGGAAGCCCGAAACCUCUAACAUAAAUGGGGGCAAGGAGAAAGACAGUCCUCGGGGCUGUGCGUGCAGUCCUCCCCACCCGAUAUUUUCUCUCCUCAGGGGUCUCAGGGCUCCAGGCAGGGGAGGGGCGGCGGCGGCGGCUCCUGGGACGCCCUAGGAUCGCGCACCCCAGCGUCCGGUCCCGGGGCGCAGGCCCAAGGGAAGGCUCGCGGCUUGCCCACUCUCCUCCAUCUCCCCUUCUCUCCUCCCCUCCCUGGCUUUUGUGUUGGUGCCUGGGAGCUGCGAGGAGGGUGCGCUGGAGAAAGAGGAGGGGGGCCUGGGGUGAGAGGCACCCCCUGCGCGCGCGCACACGCUGCCGGCGCACGCACACCCGGGCGGACAUAGACUCACAGACACGCACACACGCGCGCACACGCGCACACACACGCACAAAGCUCGCUCGCCUCGAGCGCACUAACGUGGCCAUUUCUUUGUGUGGAGCCCUCGAGGGGGGUCGGGGCCCGGUCCGGUCCCGGGGAGAUGGCACAGCCCAUCCUGGGCCAUGGGAGCCUGCAGCCCGCCUCGGCCGCCGGCCUGGCGUCCCUGGAGCUCGACUCGUCGCUGGACCAGUACGUGCAGAUUCGCAUCUUCAAAAUCAUCGUGAUUGGGGAUUCCAACGUGGGCAAGACCUGCCUGACCUUCCGUUUCUGCGGGGGGACCUUCCCGGACAAGACUGAAGCCACCAUAGGCGUGGACUUCAGGGAGAAGACGGUGGAAAUCGAAGGCGAAAAAAUCAAGGUUCAGGUGUGGGACACGGCGGGUCAGGAGCGCUUCCGCAAGAGCAUGGUGGAGCAUUAUUACCGCAACGUGCACGCCGUGGUCUUCGUCUAUGACGUCACCAAGAUGACAUCUUUCACCAACCUCAAAAUGUGGAUCCAAGAAUGCAAUGGGCAUGCUGUUCCCCCACUCGUCCCGAAAGUGCUGGUGGGCAACAAGUGUGACUUGAGGGAACAGAUCCAGGUACCCUCCAACUUAGCUCUGAAAUUUGCCGAUGCCCACAACAUGCUCUUGUUUGAGACUUCUGCCAAGGACCCCAAAGAGAGCCAGAACGUGGAGUCAAUUUUCAUGUGCCUGGCUUGCCGAUUGAAGGCCCAGAAAUCCCUGCUCUAUCGUGACGCUGAGAGGCAACAGGGGAAGGUGCAGAAACUGGAGUUCCCGCAGGAAGCUAACAGUAAAACUUCCUGUCCUUGUUGAAACCAAAUGGUGUAACUAGGAGAUCAAUCCUCACUGGAGUUUUUUCUUUCCCUUUUGUUCUGCAUAAAACUGACAACCGCUUGUUUCCAUACAAAUUGAUAUUAAAUAAAAUUUGUAUAGGUUA